UUGAACACCUGUUUUUUUUUUUUAAUCACAAUCAGUUGUGCUAAUUCCUUCCAGUAUGUUGGUUCUGAUUUUUAUUGCUUGAUUAUUGUUUCAUUAACGGGGAAAAUUUCAGCAUGGGCAUUGAGAGUGUUGUGGAUGCAAAAGAUAAGAAAGUCUCGGGUCAUCUGACUGUUGAAAUGUGCUCUACAUGUGGGAUGACUGUUGUGUGGAUGCAGAACCAACUUCGGCUGAAUGAAACGCAGGAUCCAGUAGUCAGCUAUGUGAAUGACCUUUGCAGUAGGUGGCAUUGUCCAAUGGGAGAAUCUGCUGUUGAUUGUGCUGGCUUGUUUACUAUGCUCAGUGUCUCAUUCACAUUGGGAGGAAGGGUAUUUGAUCUCUCCCCUGAGCAGUAUGUUUUGAAGGUAGGGGGCGGAGACUUGGCUCAAUGCAUAAGCGGAUUUACAGCUUUGGAUGUUCCUCCUCCAAGGGGGCCUCUCUAGUGCGUGUGGAUUCUGACUAACAGUUUCGGGAUGACAAUUGACCAGGCAAAUCUUAGGUACUUUUUAAUAAAUUUUUCCUCACCAGCUAGUUACAUCUGAUUCAGGAUUAUGGGCAACAUUUUCAUGGGGGUGACUCUGCUUGAUUAUGGUGCUGGCAACGUCCGUAGCGUCCGGAAUGCAAUUCGCUACCUCGGCUUUGACAUUAAAGAUGUAAUCUGGUUGUCUUCUCCAUUUUGGUCUUUUCAUUUUAUGGAGAUUCGGUGCUUGCAAUCUUUCAAGUAGGGCGCCCCAACUGCAAUUACUUGAUGUAAUGCGCUACGAUUGAAGUGAAACACAUCAUGAUGAGUGGCCAAAGAAUUAUUCUUUUUGGUUCCCUUCAACUGGUUUUCCUAUAUAAUGUCGGGCUGCAUUGUUGGAUUUUAGUUUUGCUGCUAAAUUAAGGAUGGCGCGAGUGCUAAACUGUGGCUUUCGUUUUGAUUUAAUCCAUAUU